UACAUCUGGCAACCUGCAACCUUAUGGCCAUGUUGUGCAGAAACCUGCUAGUUCUGUCUGAGGCACAAACUUAUUCCUCCCUUAUUAAAUUACCACUUUUAGCGUUUUUGUAAACACCGAGUGUGUUUUUAUAAACAUGUUAUCGUCUACAUGGAGCUUUAUCAAGCGUCAUAAAAGGAAAUUUAUUUUUGCCGGCGCUUUUGCAGGAGGUGUGUACCUGCUUGGGAAAUAUGCCCAGAGAAAGCUCCAGGAGAUGCAGGAGCGGGAGGCAGCCGACUACAUCUCUCAGGCUCGGAGGCAGUUUCAUUUCGAGAGCAACCAGAGGACCUGUAACAUGACGGUGUUGUCGUUGCUUCCUACGCUGAGAGAAGCGAUCAUACACCACCUGAACUCGGAGAGUCUCACGGCACUGCUGAGGUCCAGACCAGCCAACAAGCUUGAGGUCUGGGAGGAUCUUAAGACAAUCAGUUUUACUCGAAGCAUCGUGGCUGUUUAUAGCACCUGUAUGCUGGUGGUGUUGCUCCGUGUUCAGCUCAACAUAAUCGGAGGCUACUUGUACCUAGACAACUCUGUAACUAAAAAUGGAACGACACCAUUGGCUCCUCCUGAUGUCCAGCAGAAGUAUCUGUCCAGCAUCCAGCACCUUCUGGGAGACGGGCUGAUAGAGCUGAUAACCGUGGUGAAGAAAGCCGUACAAGAGAUCCUAGGACCGAUCUCUCUGAAGCAGAGUCUGUCUCUGCAGGAACUCGAGCUGCACGUAAUUCAAAUCCGCCAGCUGGUGGAGGAGAACUCGGGCUCGUCCAGGUUCAGGCCUCUGUCCUGCUACAUGAUGCCUGAUGAGGAGAACCCGUUAGCUGCUCAGGCUUGCGGUCUGACGGAGAACGACGUCACGGCGAUAAAGCUGUUAAACGAAACCAGGGACAUGCUCGAGAACCCAGAUUUCAUUACCAUACUGAAUGCCUGUCUGAACCGCGGCUUCAGCCAUUUUCUCGACAACAUGGCAGAGUUUUUUUGUCGCCCUCAAGGAGACUCUUCCCCCAGCAGCACACCUGAUAGUCUCUUACACAUGAGUCUCCCACUCGCCAAAAUAAUUCCAAUCGCCAACGGACAAAUUCACUCCAUAUGCAGCGAAACCCCCAGUCGGUUUGUUCAGGAUCUUUUAAUGACGGAACAAGUGAAAGAAUUUGCAGCCAAUGUUUAUGAAGCUUUCAGCAACCCUCAUGAAGUGCAGAAGUAAAUUAUUUUCAACGUCAGGUCAAAUUCCUGAAUCUACAGACCGCAACAGAGCACAGUGUUCCCUCGGCCCCUUACCUGAAGGGGGAAAGGAAGACCUGGGCGGAAAGCUGUGUGACGAACAGCUUGAGGUUGCUCUGUAAACCUGGAUGAUUAAUGAUUGGAGCUCUGCUUUCAGCACUGCUCUUUUUCCCUCUCUCUAAUUUUUUAAUUCCUAAUUUAUUCAUUAGAGCAUUUCCUCUCAUCUCAUGUCUCUCCAAUCCGACGAGGGGCGAAGGCUGUCGCAUGCUUCCUCCCAGGCCAGAAGAACACCUCUUUCCGUGCUUCUUCUCCUGUAAGGUCAGGGGACGGAGUUACACAACCAAAGGAAAACACUAUCCACCCUCUUCCACAUACACGAGCUCACAGACGCACAGGAUUGUCUUGGUUAUUAGUGGAGAGAAUUUGUGUUCAAGUCCUGUAUUAAUGUCCCGGGACCAAACAAGCUUCAUCAUUACUAUAAAGACUACAGGAAACACAGAAUAUUAAAAUGUGAAUAUCGGUCACGAUUUCUAAAUAGAGCACGACAGAGGCUGGAUUCUUAGACAAAGUUCAAGCCGGAAAAAACAACACUAUCAACUCUGGAGUUUCUGCUCACCGAUAGAGACGCCGAUCUUUUCUUCUUCUUCUUCUUUUAAUCUGAAUCAGUGCAUUGACUAUAAAAAAAAAAAAGUCUGCUGUCUUUUUGCUAACAGAGAAAGUAUAAUCGGAAAAAAAAACUACGAGGAAUUUAGUGAAGCUUAACUUAUUGACCCUUAUGAAGAAUGUUAAAAAAUAAAGUGCAAAUAAAUACUUAUUCUUAAAAAAAUAAAAGGAGAUUACUAUUA